CCUUGGCACAACCGUUGCUAGAGUGUAACGUACGCACCUACGAUAGUACCGCGAGCACGCGCCAAAGUUUUUGGAUUGAAAAAUGAAACAAAAACAACUUAUUUUUGAGUGGAAAUGAGAUAAAAAAAGUGUAUUGUGCGUGUUUAUCUACCCAUAUACGGUUGUGCAAAAGUUUUAAAGUGAAAACAUCGUAGGUACGUUGAUAAGUGAAGUGUGUGACAGUUAAGUUGGUGAAAAGUAUUUGUUAACAUUAUACCUCAAGAUGGGAGUGUAGAAUUUAUUGUAAUUAAAUUAAUAAAUAUUAGAAAGUGUUCAAAACGACGAGAUGGGGAGCAACCGGUUGCUUUCACCGUUUACUUUGGUGUUGAUUUGUACAGUAAUCCGCGUGCUUCGGUGUGAAGAUGAGCAGCACGAUGCGAGGGAAGGGGAUGACGUCACGAUGCAGUGCCGCUUCGGUGCCGAGGCGAACGCUGGUGAAUCGCCUACCUACUACUGGGUGCGGAGUACGGCGAGCGGCCAUGAUAACGUGGCGAUAGGAAACAUACCGUUAGAAACCAAUUACAAAGCAAUCUACGCUCCAUCAGAAGGGCGUUACGAUUUGAUGGUGUCGAACGUAACCUACGAGCGGGAUAAUGGCCGGUUCGAGUGCAGGAUCAAGGCAGGUGGUUCCGGGAGGACGUUGCACUCCCAGGGUCACGAGUUGGUCGUGCUCACCCAACCGCAGCCGCCGCUGCUGAGCCCGGGCACGCACGCGCAGGCGCAGGAAGGCCGGGAGCUCAAUCUGACCUGCUCCUCGACAGGUGGAUCGCCUAGCCCCGAUAUUAAGUGGUAUCGAGAUGGUUCAACAUAUCCCAUGGAGGCGAGUGUAGUCAACGGCAGGACGAGGUCAGAGGCGUCUGUGUCGACGCUGACUCUGGCUCCAAAUCGCGAAGACGAUGGAGCCACUUUCCGCUGCGUGGUGUGGAACCGAGCUAUGCCUGAAGGACAGAAGAUGGACGCUACUGUGGAGUUGAGUGUCAAUUAUUUUCCACGAAUCGAGAUUGGUCCGGAAAAUCCGCUGCACGUUGAAAUUGACGGCACGGCUACAAUGGAGUGUAAAGUUGAUGCUAAACCUAAGGUGAACAGCGUACGAUGGACUAGAAAUGGCAAAUAUAUUUCAAAUUCUUUCAUUCACACUAUUCAAGGGGUGACAGUGCAGGACGCGGGCAAGUAUACUUGCAGCGCCGAUAAUGGCCUCGACCAUCCUGGGGAAAAGGACAUUUAUUUAGACGUAUUAUAUCCGCCCAGCGUCACAGUUGACUCUAAAACGUACGAAGCGGAAGAAGGUGGUACCGUUGAAAUACGUUGUGAAGUAUCUGCCAACCCUGAACCUAUAUCGAUCGAAUGGUCAAAGGAAGGAAAAAAUGACUUUCGCCAAAAAGGCAAUACUUUAGUAUUAUCCAGAGUAGACGCUGAAAUGGCGGGUACCUAUGUCUGCAAAGCCGUGAAUGUGAUAACGUCGUCUACGGGCAAUCGGAUGGAGAGAGCGAGCAGCGCUUCUGUGGCAGUGUUGGUGCGGCACAAGCCCGGCCGGGCCUUCAUCAGCCCCGACCGACCUGUCGCUCAGGAAGGCGCGGGAGUUACUCUCACGUGUAGCGCCAAACCGCCGGGCUGGCCGGCGCCUCAGUACAGAUGGUUUAGAGACAUCGACGUUGGAGAUGUUAAACCGAAUGUUCUAGCGACAGGCAACAAAUACACAAUUCCCAGCGCUCAUCUCGGCAGUGAAGGCGUCUACCACUGCCAGGCCACUAACGAACUCGGCCACGGUGACAUAGCCUCUGUUAAUCUUGAAGUCUAUCAACCUCCCCGGUUUCAAUCGAAACUUCAGCCGCACAUGAUAAAGAAUUCAGGCGAAAGGAACUUUUCAUUGACUUGUGUUGCGUUGGGAAAACCGUUGCCACAUGUUAAAUGGUACAAGGACAAUUCUGAAAUUAAGGCUGAUGCUAAUUUAUAUGAAGUCAAAACUGAAAUAAACGAAAGUGGAAACGCCGUAUUCAAUAUACAGAGUAUGUUAAAAUUCCGGGGUCGAGCGAGACCAAACAGCGAUGACUUACUCCCCGACGAUAGAGGAGUCUAUUCCUGCUCCUUUGAAAAUGAAGUGAAGAAAGUAGAAUCAACAAUGCAACUUCGAAUUGAACACGAGCCAAUAUCGAUCCGACAACAAAACAAAGUAGCUUACGAUGUCAUGGAAAACGCGGAAAUAUCGUGUAGAGUCCAAGCUUACCCGAAGCCGGAAUUUCAGUGGUUUUACGGCACUAAUACCGCGCCGUUGCAAAUGUCCUCCGACGGCCACUACGAAAUAACCACAACGACUGAUAACAACGACUCCUAUUUAAGCAUUCUGCUCAUACGCAACGUGAAGGCGCAGGAUUACGGUGAUUAUUACUGUAAAGUGAAGAAUUCGUUGGGCAGCAUUCGUCCGCAGAUUAGGUUGCAACCGAAAGGCGCCCCGGAAUCGCCGCGCACUUUAUCUAGUCAAAAAGUAGGGCCUACUUUUGUGACUUUGAAAUGGGAGGCGGGUUUCGACGGGGGUUUGUCGAACACCAAGUAUUUCGUUUGGUAUCGGAGGGCGAAGAACCCGGCGGGCGGGGAGCACUGCGCUUCGGACAAGCCCGAUGAGUUCGACUGGAGGGAGUACGACUGCCGCCGCUCCAACCCUUGCAACGUCACACGGCUCGAUCAACAUAACACUUAUCAUUUUAAGGUAAAAGCGGUGAAUACUAAGGGACAGAGUAACUACUCUAAUGAGAUCACAGUCACCACGAAGGUGGACAAAAUCCCACCGCCAGAGCAAGUGACUUUCGACCCUAGUACGAGGUCGGUAGGGUUCAGUGUUGGACCAACGUGUCUCCCGCUCGUGGGGGUGAUCGAAGGAUUAGGAGCUGUUGGCGGUUGGCAGGUGGUAGACACAAUGCCAUUACGUUUAUCCGGUAUCAGUUCGACAAUACAAGAAACAACCUUGGAGCAGCCUACGAACCGAGGGAGAGGAUCCGAACCGCCUUUAGACCAACUGAACCCUAGAGUACGACUGCGUCUCUGCUUGCAAGAUAGCCAAGACACGUGCAGCGAAUAUAUCGAAGCUGAUAUUGGCCCGUCAUACACGAAAGAAACCGCCGCAUUGACAACAGCCACCGUGAUCGCUAUCGUGGUUUCUUGCCUCGUGUUCUUGCUCUUCCUGAGUCUUCUAUUCAUCUUCUGUCGCUGCAAACGCAACGAGAAUAAAAAGGAAACUUCCAAAGACUACGAGAUGGACUCGAUGCGUCCGCCGAUGGUGUCACCUCCCAACCAGGCGCCGCCGCCAUACUACCCCAGUACUGGGAUGGAGAACAAGGCUCUAGAACAUUCUAUGGACCUCCAGAUGUCGAUGGACGACUCUAAGAACGCUGUAUACGCGACGCAAGGCGGGUACGGGUAUCACAUGGCGCCACACGCGCAAGGACACCCCGGACAAAAUAUGUCCAAUACAGACUGGGUAAACAUGGGGUACAUUGAGAAUAGCUACACGAACAGCAAUAAUGGGGGUAGUGUGAACUCGCAAGACUCGCUGUGGCAGAUGAAAAUGGCCGCCGCAAACUCGGGCGCGGGAAUGCCUCCGCAUCAGCUGAUUGAACGACAGAGUAAUUAUGGUUACGACCCGAUAACCCACGGCGGCUACGGCACGAUCGACGACUACGCGCCGUACCCGCCGCUGCCGCACAGCGCGCACGGCACGCACAGCACGCACAGCACGCACGGCAGCCACGCGGGCGACUACGCGCUGCGCUCCUCGCAGACCCCCUCGCGGCAGGACUACUGCUCCGACCCGUACGCGUCCGUGCACAAGCCGAAGAAACGGAUGGACCAGCAUAUCGAGUCUCCAUACCACGAGGUGAGUGGUCUGCCCGAGACGUACGGCGGCGAGGAGGGCCCGGCGGAGGACAAGCCGCCGCACCUCUCCCUCAGCUACGACGAGUCGCUCGAGUCCGGGUACUCCACACCCAACUCACGCGCUAGGCGGGUCAUACGGGAGAUCAUCGUCUGAGCGUGAGCUAUCCGAUGUACCUUUGGUUCUACACAGAAUAUCAUGUAUGCAGCUUAUUUCGUUCGAUGUCACUUAUUUUUUGUAUACUGUACUCUGAAAUAGUUGGAUUUUACGUCCACUCUAUGAUUUACUUUAUCUUACUAUCUAAUGUUAAAUCACGUCAAAUUAUAUGUGCUGCUUGUGCAAUUAGGAUACUUUUUAUUGUAUUCAAUUUUCAACAUUUUUAAAGCUAUUUCUAGCUUUUGUUGAGAAAUAAUCUUUUAUAAAAAAACAAAUCAACGUUCUUUACGUUAGCUGCAGAGGAGCCGUCGGAAUGAACUCGGACAUUCUUCUAGAUUCCUGCGAGAAAUAAAACCCUUGCCGCACUUUUGUGUUAUAUUACGAUCCGAAUUAUUUAAAAUAUUCAGUAACCCUCGGCUCCUCACAACUAACGAAUCACUCGGAUUGAAGAGUACUUUUAAAUAAUAUUUACUUAAUAUUUAGUUAAACUUUCGAAUGGAAUGUUUACAUUUCCCAACCUAGUUUAACAAAAUAACAUUUAAUAAAUCCGAAAUUGACGAAGUAUCCGUUUUCGGUACGAGUAUCGCGUGUAGCCACUAUGAAGUUUCAAAAUGGUAAGAUUACGUAGCCACGACUCGAUUAUUCAUUUAAUAGAAUAUUUACAUACCCUUUAUAAAUUUUUCGCGGAAUUAUAAUUUCCGAAAUGUAUGAUGAAGUAUAUAAUUAAAAUUUUACGGAAGUUGGUUGUGACGCUCAUUCACCGUCAAUUAAUUUGUAUCUAUGGUUACAAUUGAUGUUUUAGAUUUUAAUUAUAUUAUAUCAUAGCGUUAGCGAGGAAUAUCAACGCAGAUCUUAAUUCAGGGAAUCAAUUAAAUUAAGACGUGGUGUGCGGUGCGCAAUACACAUAUUUAAGGAACACUACAGACAUCUCAAAGUGCACUAAUCAAGUAAGACACGGCUUGAACAAGACGUCUCGUUAUUAUUAUAAUGUUUGCUCGUGAUUGUAAUGUCUAAAUGACGAUGCAAAGAGAAUUCUAAUUACAGGGUAGAAUAGCAUCCUGUACUCAAUAAUUUACGUUGUGCCUGAGAUAUGAGCUAAGCCGGCUGCGACAAUGCAAUGCCUUUGUUUAAUUUUAGACGAGUUUCUUUCUCCAAAUUACUCCGAGAUCUUGGCGCAUUAUCUUAUGUAAUUUUGGAUAAAAUUACAUUACAGUACAAAAUAUUCCCUUAUAUCGAUUCAUAUUUGCGUACCUUUGAUGUGUUUUAAGAUGAUAUAAUUUCCACAAUAACUAGAUGGUUUUGUUUUCAUUCCGGAUUUACAUGAGUGUCUCUUAAUGCUCUUUACUUAAUUCCAUUUGUGGCAAAUUGAUUUCAACAUAUUGGAUUCCAAAGCUUCGAUUAAUUAAUGCGCAAAUCGGUAUUAUUCGCUCGUUGAGUCGAGGGAAGCUCAAGUGUGUGCAUUACCUCACAACAAUACUAAAAUUGGUACAUCAAAUCAAAUAAUUCAGUAUUUAAUCAAAACUCAUAAUUGUGGUAAUAUUUGUAAUUGCUUUAAAAAUUAUCUACGUACCUAACUAGAGCUUAAGGUAUUUUAAUAUUUGUAAUAUUGAAAGACUGGUUGCUCUAACGGGAAAUUCCAGAAAAUCCACGUUGCACUAUAAAGACCCUGGGUUCAAUACAACUGCGUUUCUUUUCCGCGCCCUCAUUCCAAGAGUACUGAACAAAAGGCUCAGGUUUGCCGAUACGCAGGCAAAAAUAAUGAGCUUACUUCUGAGGACUUGUCUCUGCCAAUAUUUUGGCUCGUUAUUGAUAAGAUGUGUAAAAAAACGGUACCGUUUAAAAUCUGGUGCUUUUAUUACACGUUCGAUUUCAUAGUCCGGACACAAUUAGACAUAUUACGGGGAUUGCAUUUUUUAUAUCAUAUGAAAAAUACAACCACCCGUAAACAAAUCCAAUCGCUUUUAAUGUAACUUGUCAGUAUGCUCCCUGUGAGUUACCGGGACAUGAGUCUUAAAUAUAGAUAGUUUCAUGAAAUACUAUCCUAUAUCCAUGAUUGUAUUUAAAAUGUUAUGUAGACGUAAAGUCUACAAAAGGAAUAUACUAGAUGUAACAUUAAGAAUCUUCUGAAUUCUUCAGCCUCGAUUUAAUGGGGACGUGAUAUCACACUAAAUGAUAAGUAUGCUUGAUUGUUAAACAUUAGUAUUGUAAUAUAAAGUUUUAGAUCAAUGAGGGCUUAAUUAUAGGUAAACACCGUCCUGUGCGAAUCAAAAAUACUCUUACGAACUUCGGUGCCAUUAUUUUAUAAAUGAACGAAACUUUCAGCGUGUCUGCUGCAUUGAGACGGAUAAGGCGCAUUGUCAUUGAUUCUAAUAAAAUAGUAAUAUCUAAAAAUGCUGAUUUUUAGUAUCAACUACUUUGAUCUACUAAUUUUCGCUAGUCGAUAUUGACCUUUAAUAGCAAAAUCUUGUGUACUUCUUUUUGUUUUCUUUAUUCGAAUGCUAUAAUCAAGCUUUAUGGUCCAUUGUCCAUACGGACUGCGCAUUUGUAAAAUAUAAUUUAGAUUUAUUUAGAAAAAAUAAUGUACUGAUUUUUUAUUAGCUAUAUUUUUCUAUUUUAUUAUUUUAAUUUACAAAUUUUGGUACUUAUUAUUAUUAUAAAUAUUGAUUAAUAUAUAGGAGUAAUUUUCCAAACUGUUCCAUAAAUGCUGCGUUCAAUUUUAGUUAUAUUAGUGUUAAAUCACGAAAUGGGCCCACCUUUAAUUAAAUAGGAAAAAUUCUGAAUGCUAUUCGUAUUAAAUUAUGCUUUACAUAUAUUUUUUUUAGUGUUUCAUGCAUUACGUUGAUUCAAAAAUGUAUUUGAAAAGUGCAGUCUAUAGUUUUGAUUGCAAUGUUACGGAGUUAUAACCAUUUCAUAACAUAUUAGUAUCGUUUUCCAUUAUUUUUGUUUCAUUUAUACACAAUGCCCGAAAGUAAUGGAUAUUGCGAUACUUUUGUUUCGUGUAACUGCCGAUUUCAAUUACAUUUUGGAACAAUCGACCCUUAAAAGAUCUCAGACACAAAUCAACGAUUUUUAGAUGUAAUAUUAUUAAAUCAAUUGGGCUGCCUGUACGGUACUUAAAUUUUAUGUUUUAGUUCAGUAAGCAAUUUCAUAGUAACAUUUUAUAAAUACAUUUUAGAUAAUACCUUUUUAGGACCGCUUAUUACUAAAAUAUCAAGAACCGCUUAUAUCUUCCGAUUGCUAUUGUUUAUUCAUGUUGUUUCGAAGGAUAUCAAAUGAUUCUUGUGUGCUUUCUUUAUUUUUGAAACUAUUGUACACAUCAUAGCCCUGCUUUCUUUUUUGUUUAUCAUAAAUAUUAUAAGAACAGUUUUGAGUUUUGUAAUUCUUUAUAGUAACAUAACUUUAGUAGCAGCAAUCCUUAAUGUACUUUGCUUUUUGUGUACAAAUAGUUUCUACUUCCAUCAUCCAUGUCUACUUAAUUUUAUCACACCGACUGCAAUCACAACGAGUAAUCUAGUAAUCUCUUAUAUUAUAGGUACAUUAUACUAAGCUUUAUUCUUUAUUUAGUUGAUAAGUAUUGUACAUUUAAACUUGUAUAUUUUUUAUCUAUGUACUGUACUUAAACGCCAAACGUUAAUUAAUAACGAAAACGCGCCAUAUUUUAGUUUUAAGUGCUGACAUCGUAGGUUUCUACGAUUAGUUUUAUUUGUUGUAUUAUAACAAUGAAUUUGUGGAAUCUAUUGUAAAUAUUGAUGUAUUAAUGUUCGUGAAAAUAAAUGGUUUUCACUCUGA